AUCUAAACUGACGAUGGUUACGCAACUGGUCCUGGCGCUACUUUCACCUCUGAUGACAACUGCUCUCAACUUCUCAGAAGCCGAGGUUUUCCCUCACGAGGCGCCACCUGUUAGCUACGGCAGGUCAAUGACCUCUGACCUGGAGCGUGACCUGCGGAUCAUCGACCAAUUUUCGGCGGAAAAGCGCGGCGCACAGUGCGUCUCGAACCCAAGAGUCUCGGUCAAAAUUGACAUCGAUACCUCAAGGUAUAAAGAACUUACCGGGCUGGCCGACACGGUGGCUGAAAUAAUGGGAGCCUACGGCAACUUUACGCCAGAGGCGCUGCUCUCGGUGACCGUACAAACCCUGCAGCGGCGUCUUGAAUACCUUCUAGAGGCGCGAUCAGUGGUUCUCAACCCGAACACGGGCGCCCCGGUAUCGGUCAUAAUUGUACAACCAGCUCCGCCCAGCGCGGUUCCUUCGGCGGAACCUGAACCACCGGUGGUUACAGUGGUUCAGGAACCGAAACAGAUGGCGGACCUGGCCGGAGAACCGUGGUUCCUUGCGGACAGGUAA